AUGAGUUACGGGUUACGCGCGACCCAGUGCCUGAGUUGGAGCGAUAAUGGACGCCAUUUUGCUUUUUUGAGACAUGCUCCGUUUCUUGAAUAAACACGCCAUUAGUGUGAAAAACUAAGAAAUAUCCUAAACGAAAGAAAAAUAAAAACAAUUACAAAGUACUAGUAUCCAUUUUAUAAAAUCCGUUCGAAGUUCCAACAUUUGGAAUUUGAAAAAAAACUAAGUCGCGAUCAAAGUUAUUUUGAAAAACCGAGAACUAUCAAUCUGGGUGUUCGCUGGAAGGUGCUUAACAGCUUUGAAAUAAACCCAACACUUAAAAGAGCUCUAUCUUCGAAAAUCGCUUUGAACACAGCGUUCUCAUGGCCAGAAUCGCGGCAACGCCGCAAGUGGCGGCAGACAAUUAGAGGCGUGUCAAAUGCAAACUGUGCACGCUAUUUUUCCCCCUUCGAAAAUUUUUCAAAAAAUUUUUCUCAUUUGGGUUUUCUCAAAAAUUCAAGUUGUAUUCUGUCACAAAGAAAAUUACAGGAAAAUUUGUUCAAAUUUGGAAAUUAAGAACUGUAUUUCUGAAUAUCAAGCUGUAGUUGUGUCUGUUUUUACGCAUCCAAGUUGGAAAUGUGAACAAAAACUUUUCGUUUCACAUGUUUGAUUUUACUCAUCGUUUCGCAGCUUUUUAACAGAAGAAUUUAUUGAUAUCUUUGAGGUUUUAUCAGUGCGAUUGAAAAACUUUUAGGGAUAUAAAUUUAAGUUUCAGUACAUGCCAUCUUCUCCAGAUAGAAACAGUACUGGACGUCGACGACAAAGAAAGGUUUUUCAAUUUUAUCGAAUUGUUGGUUUUUUAUACCUAUCUUUUAGCGAAGUGGCUCAGCUACUUCCCGUUCCUCGUCUGAAUCAGAUGCCUCAUCUGAAUCUUCUAAAGAUCGCCCGCUGUGGGGUCAUAAGAGCAGGUAUUGAGUUUUUUUUUCAUUUUCUUCUUGAGUUUGUACAGUUUUUUUCUUCUAGGUUAUUUAUUGAUGUAAAAUUAGAAAUCGUUCGACCGAUCAGUUAGUCUUGGAAAAAAGCGAGAAUGGUUUUAGUAGAGAUUUUUUCGAAAAUCCUCGAAGUUUCUAUUUCAAAAUAAACUUGAUAUUUUCUCAGAUCUCCAAGUCCGUCGGAUAGAAGACGGCGUCGUUCUGCAUCUCGAAGCGUUUCUCCCAGAAGAAAGUUCUCCGUUAAAAUCUGCCCGAAAGCGAUCGCCUCUUAGAAGUUCUCCGCCUCGACGGAAUCUCUCUCCUCGCCGGUCACCCGCUAGAAGACGUUCUCCAGCCGGUAGAUCUCGACGAUCUCCUCCAAGAAGAAGGACAGAACGUCAGCGUACUCCUUCAUUCCAGGACGAUCGUUCUCCUUCGCCGGCCGAAUAUCGCAAGAGAUCUCCCGACCGGCGAAAUGAACGUAAAAGGUUGGAUAUUUUUACUCGUAUUUGAUUUUUUUUUUGAAGUUUAUUUUCAAAAAAGUGUCAAAAAGCCUACUUCUAUGAGGCUUACAAUUCAUAGUAGUGUUCAAAGCUCUUCUAAUUAUCGUAGGAGCAUGGGCCUAUUUCCUUGAGGUCAAGCAAGGCUUUCAUCAAAUAAAAAUAGAUAUCAUGAACCCCGAAAAUUCGAUGAACAGACUAUAGGAAUUAUAAGUUCUCUUAACACACGCUUUCUGAAAAAACUUGAUGAACUGCUGUGAAGCGUUGGGACAAGAAUUUAAAGUUUCGUUUUGAGACUCGAAAGAACUGUCACAGUUACUUGAAAUAGUUUGUAAGCUUUUAGGUUAGUUACUGAAAGGCUCCGCCCCCUCACUGGGUUACGGUAGAUAUUUUAAAGAAAAAAAAUUCUUCCUAGUUGACGGAUCGACUUUCAAAUAACAUAGAAAAACGAAUUUUUUUGAAGCUUUUUUUCAAGGAAAAAAAUUAAAAAAAGGUUUAUCGUGAAUCGGAAAGUACGUACUUUUUUUUAAUUUUUUUACGUACGUAAGCCUUUACAUUGUUAAAAUAAAAUUUUCAAUAAUUUUACGGUUUUUUUCUUAUCGUUGAAAACCUUCAUUGCUAAUGAUAAUUUCGCUGAAUUUAAGGGGAUGGGGACGAUCUCCGACGAACAAUGAUGAGCCUGUAUGGGAGAGGUAUGAGUUGAAGUUCAAUAUGCAUAUAGAAUUUUUUUUUUGCAGAAGACGAGAGUCGCGAAUCGAUAUCCAAUGGAAAGGAGAACGCCAGAUUUGGGGUUCGUCUCCGUCGCACAGCGAUAUCGCGGACGUCUACAAGCUGUGAGUGAAAACCUUCUGAAAAUCCAAUUCAGGUGUUUUUGAGGUACGAACAGGCUGAUCAGAUAGAUAAGGAAAGAGCUAUGGAAGGCGCUAAACUGAAAGCAGUGCGCGAGAAGGAGAGACGCAAAGAACAGCGGAAACGGGCUGCCGACUUUUCUGACGGUACGUUUUUGGCAUCCGUUUCAUUGUCUCAAAUUGAGGAAUAAAAAUGCAUUUACUUGUUUUUUUUUUCAGGAUCAGAAAGUGAGGACUCUAGUGAUGAGGACAAGAAGAAAAAAAGUAAGAAAGCGAAAGAAAAGCAAGAAACACAAAAAAGAAAAGAAGGCGAAAAAAGUGAAGAAGGAGAAGAAAAAGAAGGAAAAGGUAAAUUCUCGGACUUCACCAAAAAAUCAUCGAUUUUGUGUUAGAAAAAAGUGGAGGAAAGCAGCGAUGAGUGGGAAGAGCGGGCGCCAAACGGGCAGGACGAGGACAGCGGCGAGCAGUCGCCGGGUCCCGCCAUUCCAUCGCACAUCAAGGCCAAGAACGACAGCGAGAACCACGCCUUUGAAAUUCCCACCGAAGCCAGGUCAGAAAAAAACAAAUCAAAGUAUCUCUGGAAGAUUUAUUUCGUGUAUAAUCCAAGAAAUAUAACAUUUAUCAGACACUCAAAAUCGGAAAAAUUGUAAUAUUCCGUUUUGCUGUUCAGUUCCCAAGGUCUGGUUCUCAGAAGCGCAUUCAGAAGCUUUUUUGAAUUUUCAUUUUUCAUAGUUAAAUGGGAGCGUUUCGUUACGAAAAAAAUUAAUAAAACGUUCUAGGACUUUCUUAUAGAAUAGAAAAGUGAAUUUACUAGUUAGAUGAAAAAAAAUUUAUUUACAAAGGAAUCACCGAAAAGAAGCUCAUUUAGCAUUUAGGUUUUAUUAGUCGUUUUUGAAAAAAAUAAAACACCGUAAUGCCGUGAAAUUAUAAAAUCGUGAAUUUAAAUUCAUAGACCGUAAAUAAGAUUAAAAACCAAAUAAAAAAACGAUUUCCUUGUCUCGAACUUUUCAAGACUUGCGCCUUGUUCUUCCAACAUCAAGAAAAGCAUUUUUGAAGGAAUCCGUAGAAUUUUUAAUUCUCGGGCGAAGUCCAAACGACCUCAAAAAGAAGAGCCGGAAGCUCCUUUUUAUGUUCCUCAAAGGUGUAAAAAGUUUCUCGCAAUCUCCUUUUUUUCACCUUUCUUCGUUCUUUGUUACCUCCUUAAAAGGUCUUUUCAGAAAAAAGUCUAAAAAAAAGGCACCUUUUGCUUUUUUUUUCCAAAAAGUUCUUCUUGAGACCUUCUGCGCUUCGCUCGAUAGAAAAUUUGUUAACACAGCCCAUUUGAAGAUACGGCAAAGACCUCCUGGCAGGAGAAGGAGCCGGAAUGGCGGCGUACGUGGCGCGUGGCGAAAGAAUUCCUAGACGAGGUGAGGAUUCUCCUUUCCGCCUGUCCUAACUGCUUAAUCAGGCGAGAUUGGUUUGUCGUCAUCGGAAAUCGAACAAUACGAAAAGUGGGGCUACGUGAUGAGCGGCUCGCGUCACAAGGCCAUGGAGGCGACUCGGCUGCGCAAGGAAAACCAGGCGAGUUUUCCCGCCUUCUCAAUUAUCGUCCCUUCUCCCUUUUGCUUCAGAUCCUGACCGCCGAAGAGAAACGUCUACUCAGCGGCGUUUCACAGGACGCCAAGAAGAAAAAAGAAGAAGCGAUCCUUGACCAAUUCAAACAGCUCAUCAAGAAUAAAAAUGUCCGGUCAUAGUGAUUCUCACUUCGUUUUCUCGCGUUGGUUGUUAUUUAUUUGUUUUCUUUUUAUGUGUAAGAACAAAGGUUUUCAAAGCAAAUCGAUUCAAAUCACAAUUUAUCGAUUUUUUUGACGUCAAUUUUCUAAGAAAAUAAAAAAAUAUUGCAUUUCAGAUUCGAGUUUUUUUAUUUCGCAUCAAAAUUUUGAUUGGAUUUCGUAAUAUUCGAAUCGGAAAAAGGGCUGUUUUCUUGUUCAAAAAAGUACGCAGUUGAAUGGAAGUUUGAUCUGAAGUCCCUCUCAUUCGUACUCAUAGGCAAAGUCGGAAGGACCCUUUACGGACCCUUUGAGCGUCCGUUAUAGGUGGAAAAAGGUUUCCAAAAAAAAAAAGUCUUUUUACUGCCUUUUCCGUCCUUUCGUCGGCCUUUUUCCACCCUUUUUGGACCGUUUCGAGACCCUCUCAAAGCUUUUCUUCACCCUUUUCCGGCUUCUAGGGUUUUUCACCCUUUUUUGCCCACCAAGUAAGAAAGGCUUAAUAAAGGCCGCAAAACGGAAACCUUUUUAGCGGCCGUUUUGCACCCGACUUUGGCAGUGAGAAAAAUGCUGUGAGAUUAACGAAAGUCCCCGGCUCGCACGUCUCUGAACUUCCAUGCAGAAUGUCAUACAUUCAUGGCAUCCCCCAAACGGGAGUGCGUUUUGUGGUGGCGACGUCGUAAACGGCACUCCGUUUACAACCCCAGCCACUUCGUCCUUCUUGUUCUGUGGCUGGCGACUUCUCGCAAAGGUGCGUUACCCACUAAAAUUUGACCGUUUUCCCGUGCGCUGGAAACCACGCCCACAAGUCCGCCCCCUCCUCCAGCCGAUACUGUAGCUUUCGGUGGAAAAUAACACGAGGCCGGGCCUUCCGCUGACGCAUUCGACUUUGAUGCGCGUGUCACGUCACCGCACAACGUCUUCCUCGCCAACGACGUCAGAAGCUCCCAAUGUUUCAGUUCGACUGCAGGCCGUACUUCUGCCGGCUCAACUGGCCGGCAUCGGCUUCUUUUUGUUUUCCGCUGUUGGUCUGGCCGCCGCCGCCGUUCACCAUUCAUCCCCAGCUCCGAAGCCUUUUCUGCUGAGACAGGUGCCCGUUUCAUCAUUAUUUCUUUGUGUAUCAAUAGUUGUAGUAGCUUUUUAACAUUUGAUUGGCACGGCCUGCUCUCCUUGAAAAUGAACAUCGGAAAUUUUUCCGUUGGAAAAAAUACAUAAAGCUUUUUUGCUCACUUUCAUAGGCAAAGUCGGAAAGGGUGGAAAAAGGAUCUUUUUUGCUGCCUUUUUGCACCAUUUCAUCGACUCUUAUGUACCAUUUUUGCUGCCUCUUUCACCCGUUCUCAAGCCUUUGAAGUUCUGGAAAAAAAGGGCUUGAUAAAGGGACUCUUUUUGCUGCCUUUCUCCAACAAUUUUCGAGUUUCUCCCUUUUUGCGGUCAUUUUGCACUAUUUCGACUUUGCUCGAGUUGUAGUUUUUCCUUUCUAUUUUUCAUCUGACAAGUGGCUGGGAAUUUCCGGGAAAUUGGUCAGAAAACUCCUUGAUGUACCAAAAAAGGAUUCUGAGAGUCUAAAACUUCCACUUCUUUAUGAGAGAACACCUCAAAGUCAAAGAAAACCUUCAAAAUUCGUCAAAAAGAGGCUUUGAGCUUUAUUUCUUGAAAACUAGGAAGUUUUGCAUGUUAAGAUUUUCAGGACCUUGAUUUGGUACUUCGAAAGAUGUUCUGACAGAUUUUCAGAGAAUAACCUCACUUUUCAACAACCGGUAAAAGGAAAUGAUUCAAACGUCUUAACAAGAUCUUUUUUUUAUCUCAUUUCUACCACCCGAGUGGUCGGUCUUCAUUUCCGCUCUCGUCUGAGAUUUAAUCCGACGCCCGUCAGCCCUGGACAAGCUGGGCGCCGUACCGUUCCUACAUGGAGAAGCAGUGAUCGUCGGAAACGCUCGAAAGUCGUCUACUACUAUCACGAGAAAGACGAGAUGCUCUACGCGCCGUCUACGUUUGAUCAACGACAGUUUCGCAAACUGACGAACAACUCUUCAAUUAUUCCAUGGUUCAGCAGAGUACCUUCCCUGAAGACUGAAUAAAGUUUCAAAGUUUCAACAAGAUCUUGGUGGAUUUUUCUGUUUCUGUAGUUCUCAAGGAGUAGGAUUCAAUGCAGAAGGUUUUAUAAUCAGAUCUAGGUUUCUAUUUUUAAAAAAACUCUAGAAAAGUUGUCAAUAUUCUCUUUGAGGGCUGCCCGCCGGAUCUACUGCAUUCCCGAGCCCUCCGAGCAGUUCAAGUCGCCUGUCGGACGCAUCCGUCCACCGUCGUGUCGGCCUUCGAAGGGAUCCAGGUGGGAGACCGUCUCUCUCGUUGCUGACUUGCCGACGCAGGACGCCCUGGGACACUGCGCGAGUCGGCUUCGUUUCCAGCAGUGGGACUGCUCCGAGGCCGGCAACAUCAUGCACGAUCCGCCGCUCCUUCGUUCCGGUUCGUUGGCCUUCUGAUGGGUGCCGCCGAAUGUUCGGUAUCUUCAAAAGUUCCUCCUCAGAAACUAGACCCUAUUAAAGCUUCCUCAAAGCUCCUUGGCUAGAAAUGACCUUCACUACAUCGGAAAGGGUCGAAAAAGACUAUAGAAAUGUUCCGUUGAGGGUGAAAAAGGCUCAUUUUUGCUGUCGUUGUUUCAUCGGCUGUUUUGCACAAUUUUUCAGCCUUUUCUUUUUCUCACCAUUUCUUGAGCUUUUGAAAUCCCAGAAAAAAUGGAGGGCUCGAUGAAGGGAUUUUUUUUACUACCUUGUUGCUGCCUUUUUGCGGCCUUUCGGCGACCUGUUCGUUGCCUUUUUGCUGUCUUUUUUGAGCCUCUCUCUUUUAGCGGCCAUUAUCCACCAUUUCGACUUUGCCCGAGUUCUUUAUUUUUUUUGAAGAUUAAAUGCUGUAUGUGAAAUUUCAUUAAUUUGUAAAAAGGAGAGAUACAAAUUGAAGCAGACUUGAAACUUGCUGAAAAUUUCCACCUUGAAAUAGAAUAUUUAUGACGACUUGAAGAAGCUAAAAUCCUUUUUCUGUUAUCGGCAAGACAUCGUUCGACCUUUGAAGUGUAAAAAAACUGGAAGGAAAAAAUCAUUUGGAUUGAAAUUUUGAAAAAAAUUUCAGAAAGUCCCAAAUCUCCAAUCUGUACUGACAACUCCGAGAACAAUCUUUGAAAUUAUUUUUGAAAAUUCACAUAAAUGGAAAGUGUUUGAAAAUCUUGUGUGCAUUUUUAAUAACUAAAGCCUCGAGUUGAGUUACGCUUUUUACCGUUUUUGAAGCCCCUCCCCAUUCUUUGUAUUUUCAAAUUUUUUUUUGUCAGCUCCUUCUCCAGACUUGUGCUUUGAUGGCCAGAAGAUGGAGCUAGUUACUGACAAACAAGUACUUUUUUAUGUAAGGUUGCCUAAGCUUCCUGUGUUUAUACAAUAAAAUGAUCGGAACUCGGGUAAAGGUUGGAAAGCUUUCGGUCCCUCGCAAGGGGUUUGGAAGCUUUCCAGCAAGCCUUCCACAUAGCUUCCCGACACCUUCUACUUAGAAAAAAGCCUGCCGGAAAAAGCCUUCAAUUUUCAUUUUACGAAUACCUUCCAACUACCUUCCAAACACCAUCCGAAGGCUUUCUUAAGACCUUCUAGCUUCCUACACCUUCGAAGCUCCUGCUGGUUACCUUUCCAACACCUUCUCAGGAUUUACCUGAGAAGAAGCCUAGUGAAUAACUCAGGCUACCGAGAAUCGGCACUCGUGUGGGCGCUGUCUUCCGCCGGAGCGGCCUGGGGAGUGGCGGCGUCGUGUGCUCAAGGCUGGAUCGAAGACUGUGCCUGCACGCCUUCCGGACAGCCGGGAUUCGAGUUUGGCGGGUUCGGGUCUAUUUUUUGUGGCGUGCCUACGCAACUUUCAGUUGCACGUUCGGCGUGCAGCACGGGGUUACGGCUAGCCGCAAGCUUCUCACCAAGGCCGGAUCUUCGAACAGCUUGCUGCGGAAGGUCGAGAAACACAACCUGAAAGCGGGCCGGCUUGUGAGUUCUACUGAUGUUCUAUCAGAAAGUAUAAAAAAUUUGAAGGCCGUCAAAAAGACGCUGAUCUCCACGUGCAAGUGCCACGGCGUUUCGGGCAGCUGUCAGCAGAAGACGUGCUGGAAACGCACCGCGCAACUCAACUACAUCGCGGACUAUCUCGUGGAAAAGUGAGUCCAGCAGGUUAAUGGAACCUAUUUUUGAAUAACUUCGAUAAAAGGAAUGUACAGUAAUAUACAGUACAGUAAGUACGUAGGAAGUGUCUAGUCCGUUCGUCACGACUUGAUAGUUUUCGCGUGUCUGCGUCUCUCUGUUCUCUCAGCGGCGGGGUCAGAGAAACAUGGAAAUAGCGCGUAAACCAGAGAGAGAGACGUCGAGAGAUCAAGAGGGGGCAGAGAAGUCCCGGCCUUUCAAGUCGCGAAAAACGGAUUAUAUUUCAAAGUAGUUUUUCGAGUAUAACUUCUCUGAAAGCCUUGAAACUUGGCACAGAUUUCAAGUAGCUAUUCAGUAACUUUUUUCCACAAGCAGAACUUAUUUGUUCGAGUCAGACCAGGUUUGUGAGCAAAAAACCCAAAGCCGUGAAACUUUUCUGUUGAGAUCAUAUUUUCUGAGAGCCAUUGAUAUUCAAUCUGGAAUUUCCCCCCUUGAAAAAAAAUUCUUCGGCUUUCCAGAAACCUAAUCAGUCCUCGAUCAGCCUCCGUAUCAUUCACUUUCAAAAAAAGUUCAUGUUCAAGUGGUAAAAUCGGAAAGACCCUUUACAGGCCCUUUGAGCGUCCGUUAUGGCUGCAAAAAGGUUUCUAUUAAUUGUUCCUAAACGGGUGCCAGCGAUUUCCUUUUUACUGCCGUUUUCCGUCCAUUCAUCGGUUUUUAUCCAGCCUUUUUGGACCCUUUUGAGAAACACAACAUUCUUUAAAUUGCGAAUAAUCUUUACCAGUGACUGUGAACCAAAAAGGUAAUAAAAUGUAACAGUAAAAAAAUCAGAGAAUCAUCAAUGACCAAGAAUUUCAACAUCCUUUUUGCACCCUUUUUUGAGGCUUUUUAGCCCACCAACAUAAUAAAAGGCUCAAUAAAGGCCGAAAAACGGAACCCUUUAGCAGCCAUUUUGCACCCCUUCUCCGCACUUCCGACUUUAGCAGUUUAACUUUCAUUUGUCAACAUAUCUUCUCGAAAAGCCAGUUUGAGAUACAUCUGAUUCCGGAAUAAGUAAAAAAAAAACUGCAGAAGUUCACUUUCGAAGCUUUGGUUAUAGGUACGCAAGAGCGAGGUUACUCACCGACGAAGGUUCAAUCAAAAGUGGAGACUUGGUUUAUUUAGAAGCGUCGCCGGACGUUUGCAAGGUGAACUAACUUUGCAUUCUUCCGAUUGAACAGUGGUUUUUUGAAAAAAGUGCUCAUGUCCGUUUCCAGAGCAAAACAACGGCGGGACGGGUCUGCGCCUGGCGGAACGAAACCCACACGCAGGGCGACUGCGACCGUCUCUGCUGCGGCAACGGAUUCAGCGUCAGUUUCUCUUCCCUUCCAAAACAUUCUUCAACUUUUUUCUACCUUCAAUGACAAAUUGAACUUGCAUGAGAUUGGAGGGGAAAAAAGAUGCAAAGAAUCGUUUGGAAUGGCAUGGCGCGUUCCUUUCACCUCCGCUCAGAUUGUAUUCUCGCCUUCCUGGGUUGAACGAGAAUUCCUUUGACAUAGCUAUCUUUCCAUGGGAAAGGGCUGAAAGAUUUUGAAGUUUAGCAUCAUGACGAACUUUUUGAUGAAAUAAUUAUUAUUGUUACGGAAGGAUCGCACCUUUCUACAACUUUUUCGAAGUCUGAUCAAAAGUUCAUUCUGUGGUGUUUGAGGGCUUGGAAGUAUUCUGAAUAAAAUUUGAAAAAACGUAUCGAGACCUUCAAGAGCUUUGUGUAGGCUUUUUUAAGCUAGGAGUUUUUAACAGACUGUUCUUUUUGAUAUUUUUUAAUAAUUUCGAUGGCAGAAUCUGUAAUAGGUUUUUAUUAAGAAUGUAGAGGCUAAUUCUGAUUAUAAGGCUCAAUUCUACUGGAUUUGAGAUGAAUUCAUAAGCAAAGUCUGAAAGGGUUUAAAAAGGCUCCAUGGAGGAUAAUUAAGGCUCCUUUUUUGCUGCCGUUUUGCGCCAUUUCAUCGGCUCUUAUGCACCCUUUUUGCACCAAUUUUUGAAAAAAAUGGAAGGCUUCUUGCUGUCUUCCUGCGGCCUUUUUGAGCCUCUCCCUUAACGGCCAUUAUCCACCAUUCCGACUUUGCCCGAGUAGAAGCUUUUUUUAUUUCUUUCGAAAUUUUAUAAAAGUCCAUGUAGACGAGAAUUAACUCUUUCUGUUCAUUCCACAAACUUCACUAGGUUUUUUUGCUUUUUUUCAAAAAUAAUUUUUUUGAGUCUUAUUUGAUUUUUCUGUGUCAAAGACGUUUUUGGAUUGAACAUUUUUCACUUUUUUUAUGCUGAAAAAAAUUUACUGGCUCAAUACAAAACUGGUUUUUUUGAGAUCCGGCACGAAGUGGUGCGGGUGAAGUGCGACUGUCAGUUCGUGUGGUGCUGCAACCUCGUGUGCAAGGACUGCAUCCAGCACCGCUGGAUCUCUACUUGCAAUGGCGAGCCGCCGAAAAGCCUCAUCUUCUGA